CUUUUCUGCGUUAUCUCGUAUAAUUCAAACUCAAUAAAACGUAUCAAAUCUUUUACAAUAAAUUCACGUAGACCAUUAUUUCAAAAGAAAAGCUCAGUUUUUAAGGAAAAUCAUUUUAUUAGUUCAUAAAGUCAACAGUUCGCGCGCACGCGCCAACUGAAAAUCAAAUCCGACAGUUAUUGGUAGCACUGCCAUAAAAUCCCCAGACAGUAUACCGAUGGAAUCCAAUAAAAAAAAAAGAACAAAAAUAUAGGUAUAUCCGCCUGCUCAUCGCGCAUGCACUUUCGAGGCUGAAAAGCCCGUAUAAUAUACCCGGGGGCGGUGGUAGGGGAGUAUAAAAAAAUAUGGCGAUAUAGUGACAAGCAGCCGCAGCUCUCGAGAGACUAUGAUGCGAUGGGCGUCGUGGUGGUGGUGAAGGUCUGAGAAAGCAGAGUCGGGAGCCGCGCGAGCAAGCGAGACAGUACAUUCACACAUUCAUACUGCAGUGCAGGAGCGAGAGGAAGUAACAUAUAUACGAGGCUCUCAUAUAGUGUUUUGAUAAAGGCCCACGAGCAGCAACAGUGCAGAGUGUGCUGCUGGCUACGCUACUCCUACUAUACACAGACAUACAUACAUAGGUACGCAGCAGCAAUCUAACGACCGAGUCGUUAUCGCCGCUGCGCGCGUCGUCGGAGAAUCCCGAGUAUAUAUAGGAUACGUACUCGCCCCUAGUGUUUAUCGUCAGCUCUUGCGACCGGUCGAGCGUACACGCCAGCAGUUUUAUAAGCUCUACGUGCGCUUUUACGUACACCCGCGAGUAUCCUGCGCGCAGCACAAGGUGUUGAGGCUGUGCGCGUUUGUGUGAGUGGACGGAUAUAUCGCACAGGGAGUAGCGCGAAUCUCCAGUUUCCGUGUGCGUAAUUCUCUCUCUCUCUCUCUCUCUCUCUCUCUUUCCCUCUCGCGCGAGCAACUCGUUCGUGUUUCCCUCCUCCUCGCAGUCUUCCCUGCAUCCGUCAUCCAUCGUCGCAACAGCAGCAGCAGCAUACAGCACACAGAGAGUCAGUGCAAAGGAGCUAUAGGAGCAGCCGUGCCGUGUGUUUUCUUUCUUCUCGGCCUUUCUCUGCGUGUGCGAUUGCAGUAUUCACAGUGCGCGAACUGCAUUGGUGAAUCUGACACGCGCAAGAUCCAGAGGAAGAAGAGAGAUUACAAGGCGAGGGAGGCGUUUUCCCGAGGUCGUCGUCGUCUACAUACAUAUCACGUCUCCGCGUAGGCACGCAGACAUCACGGGCUGCCCGCAGACACGUCAGAAAUGGCCCGAGACUACGAUCACUUGUUCAAGCUGCUCAUCAUCGGCGACAGCGGUGUUGGAAAAAGUUCAUUGCUUCUGCGAUUUGCGGACAAUACAUUUAAUGGAAACUAUAUAACGACAAUAGGUGUGGAUUUCAAAAUCCGCACAGUGGAUGUAGAUGGAGAAAGAGUGAAGCUACAAAUCUGGGACACUGCAGGACAGGAGCGAUUUCGGACAAUAACUUCCACUUAUUACAGAGGGACACAUGGAGUUAUAGUAGUAUAUGAUGUCACAAGUGGAGACUCUUUUGCAAAUGUCAAAAGAUGGUUGCAUGAGAUUGAACACAAUUGUGAUGUUGUAGUCAACAGGAUUCUAGUUGGAAAUAAAAAUGAUGCACCAAAUCAAAAAGUUGUGCUGACAGAAGAUGCACAAAGAUUUGCCAAUCAGAUGGGAAUCAAAUUGUUUGAGACUUCUGCUAAAGACAAUACUAAUGUUGAAGAAAUGUUUAUGGCAAUAACACGAGAAGUUCUUCGUACGAAAAAAGAAAGUAAGGAGAGACAAGCAACAAAGACCAACGAAACAGUCAAUUUAAGGAAAAGCACCAAACAGAAUAGGAAAAAAUGUUGUUAGCGACUUCGUUGCAUAUUAGAUAGAUUUUAAAAAUAAUAUUGUUUUUGUAUAACAGUCAAGCAGAGUAAGACAGAGAGCGUGUGUUAUUAAUGGAGUGGACAUGAAAUGCCAUAGACUCUUCGACGUUACCAAGACAACACCGUGAAUUACCAAUGAUGCAUUUCUUACUCACGUUACAAUUUUUAUUUACAUACCUUUAUGCCUAAAGGUAAAUAUGUAACAAUGGCACUUUUGGAAAAAAAUGUACCAGGGUUCAUUAAUGAAAUGCCGACUUUCGAUGCGAUAUUAUCAGUAGAGAAGAUUGGUUGUUAAAUGUUUACAAAUAUUCGAGAGGACGAAAAAAAAUUGUGUAAAAGACUCGCCUAAAUGUUUUGAGACCUAUACAAAAUUCAAGUUUAUUGAUACUUUACAAUAUGCGCUAGUUGUAAUUGUAAUUUAUAUUAAGUUGUGCUAUUUGUAAAAUGUUGUCGGGUGUUUUUUAAUAAAAAAAAAAAUAAAAAAUAAUAAGCCGAGAUUAACUAUAAAAUAUAACACAUGAAGACUUUUUCUUAUAUAUACAACGAUCAAUUACUAAUAUAAACUAAAGUCGCACAAAUUUUAUUUAUCGCAUAGUAUUGCUUAAAGUUCAUUUCUUAGCCAAAUAAUAUUAUGCCAAUUAGUUAGAUGAGCAGCGUGUAAAUACACAAACGCACAUAAACAUUUUACAAAUAGGGUGCUAUUUAUAUUAUCAGAAGGUCCAAAUAGGUAUUAAAGUAUUUUUUAAAUGAGGUUCCUGAGAUUUACUAAUAUCUUUGCUGCGACCUGUACUAAACAAAAAUUUCGAUUUUCGAUCUUUUGAGUAAAAGUUUAUUAGUGCCGACAAAACAAUGUAACUCUCGAUUAACGCAUAUCUGUGUGCACACACCUGCAAACUUCUACAAACAAAAGUUACAAAAUGUUUUUAAAAACGUAAAAGAGGACAAAAAAAAAUGCUUGUGAAAUUUGUAAACGAAUUACGUGUAUACGUGUAGUGUUCGAUAGCAGAAUUGUAAGAAUCGUUGUCUCAGUUCUUGAAACCGGGAGGAGGCAGGCAGACAAGGUCGCAUAUAUACGUAGACCGUGUCCAACCAUGACAGAAGCUGUCUGUGUUAAUCUGUGAUAAUAGUUAAAUUGCGUCUUCUGUGUAAUAAAUGCUACCUGCGUGAGCUGCAUCGCUCGGCAAAGAGUGCCGCGAAUAGAGACUUCGGGAGAACAAGUCUUUUUCCGAGAAUUCUUGAUUAAGCUAUUCUAGUUGGGUAAUAUUUCAUUGAAUUUUGUCACGGCAGGCACUUGUAAUCAAAUUUUUCUCUAUUCGAUUUUUUUCUUUUUUGUCAAAAUGCGUACUCUUAAUUCUUCUGUAAGAAGAAAGUACAUACUUCGUUAUCCGCGCCUUUAUAAUCUUUACUUUAGCUAAAGUUAAGUAGCUGUGUAAAUUGGUUUUAUUUUUACUUCAAUAUGAUAGAAAUGAAAUGGUACUGAUUGAGGUUUGAUUUUUAUUUUCCAUUUUACUUGACAUUUUAACCGUUUUGAUUAAUGUUUAUAAUUAAUGCAAAUAUUAUUAAUCAUGAAAAUUAAAUGAGAAAUAGUAAAACGAGAACUUUAACGGCGUGUUUUAGCUUAUAGGAAUUAAUAAAACUGAAUUUGAUGUAUUUAGAAAAUUAAACGUAUAUGUUGAUUUGCAUGAACAGCAACAUUUCGAAUUUCGUUUAUACGCAUACAGUUUUCAAAUUAUUAUAAAAAUUAAUCAUACAAUAUCAUUAAUUUUUAUUUAAAUAAACAUUUGUAAUUUUAACUAUAAUUUCUCGCACGGUUGAAUUAUUUUUAAUAAAAUGUUCUCAGUGAAAUAUUUAUUUUAAGAGUGCAAUGUUUAAGUGUGUUCAAGUAAGUAUAAUAGAAAACAAGAAUUUUCUGAAGAAAAAGUUCUCUGAAGCAAUGUUGUUUCUAAUUCAAUAACGACGUCUCUGCUGUUGCUUUUUACUUUAUAUACGUAUGUAUAUUAUACUAUAUAUGUAUAUACAUAUAAAAUUGACAUUUCUGAAGACGAUUAUUAGAAAGCCGAGCCCCUAAACGAUGUACAUACAUAAAUCACGAAAAAUCAAAGUGAAGUAUUUCCAUAGUCAUUUCUUAAUAAUCUCAAUUAUUGAAAAAAAAAAUCAUGGCAACAGUUCGUUUUAUACAUUAAGGACGAUUAUUGUAUAUUUACUUUUUUUAAACAACGUAAUAAUUAACCCAUGUAUGCUCUAUUUGCACAAUACAGAGAAAAUAAGACAAGAUA